ACCACAUCUUCCCUUCUCCCCAGAAGUACACCCAGCUUCCCUAUAAGAUCAACUCUUGUUUCCUCACAUUUUUCACACCAACUAAAGCUAGCUAGAUAUUAAAGGGAAUUAUGAGUCUCCUCAGGGGAAAGCUUGAGGCAUGUUUUGGGAUCAGACUUGCAGCAACUCAACACCAUGAAAUCUUCAGCAACAGGCCAAACCACGUCUCCAACAUGGCACCCACCAAGAUCAAGAACUGCGCUCUCCAUGGAGGCGAUUUCGGCCAAAAGGGCGCCCUACUCAACUGGGACUAUAUCCAUGAUGGGGCUCACAAGGUGGCCAAGGAAAUAGUCGAACACAUUGAUGAUGUGAAUCUGUCGAUCACCUUCAAGGUCAUCGAAGGGGAUCUUACCAAGGAAUACAAAGAGUUGAAGAUAUUCGUCAAGGCGACUCCCAAAUCAGACAACACUAGUCUCAUCCAGUGGACUUUGGACUACGAGAAGCUGGACGAGGAUGUUCCCGAGCCCUUCUCUUUCAUGGAAUUCCUUGUUCAUCUCAGUAAGGAUAUCGAUGUUCACCACACCAAGAAGUGAGCAUCUCAUCUCAUGUGUGUGUAUGGUUCGAUGUAAUUCCCGGCCCCCAUGAUCAAAAGCUAAGUGCAUGCAUGCAUGCAGCAUUGCUAUAUGUAUGGAUCUACGUACCUUUGUUUGGUAGCUAGCUAGGCGUGGUUGCGGUUCGUCGUUUAGUUCCAUCGCUUGGCUAUGUUGUCCUUAAAGAUAUAUAUGCAGCAAAUAAUAAAUAAAUAAUAGUAAGAGGGGGUUUAAUAUGUCUUGGUGGAUUGUGGUAUAUGUGUGAAUGAAGUGAUAUGUAAUGAAUGAUGGAUUAAUGCCAUGUGUAUAAUCUCUAUGUAAUGAUAUGUGUGGAACGUGAUGAUUAUUAUGGAUGGCAAAAAUAUAUGUAACGGUGGAUAUCCGUUCGAAUCCGAUUUAAUCGGGUAGGGAUCGAAUAACUCGAAUUCGAAAGAUUUUUAGUGGGUACGGGUAAAAUUCGAAUCCGAAAGACUUUUAGGGGUCGUUUGGUGAACAGGAUUCAGGACAUGGAUUCACUGAAUCCGCAGAUUUUGUAGAAAGUUAUGUUUUUUUGUUGCUUUCUGUAUUAUGGAUUCUAGCUUUAAAGAUUUCAAAUCUCUAAAAUCUGCGGAUAUCAAAUCUCUCAUAAUCAGAGAGAUUCUAUAUCUUGAUUCGUGAGAUUUUUUUCUCCUGGUUUUUCUCUUACUUCUAUUUAUUUAUCACAUGAAAUAUAUCUAUCAACAAAGUUGUUAAUAUUUCUUGAACCACUCUAAUUUUUUUAUUAAGGAUACAAAAUUUUAUUUAAUAUAAAAUUAAAUUUUUU